AUGAAGCCCUCGGCAUCUAUCCCACUCUUCUUGGCUGCCUUGUCUUCGUUCUCACUGCCUGGGGACAAAUGCAAUGGCCCAGAGAUCAAUGUGCAUCGACUUGCGGGCCCUAGCGCUUGCACGAGCCUGAACAGUAUUACCCAGUCAGUAUUCAUAAAGAUUGACAACAUCCACGACGACCAGUAUGACGUUGUCCUCUGUUCGUCUGAUUCAUGCGAUGGCCGAAUCGUCGGCCUGAUCCACAAUACGAACGGAUGUCUCCCUGCGGAUGUGCCAGGCUUCGGGAAGGCCCAUUCGAUCUGCGUGGUCCAAACUAGCAGCCAGACAAAGAAGCUUUGCCGCGCUGACGAGGAGUUGGAGUCGGACCUUGAAUACAAUAUGGACAGCCUUCGAGAGAGGACUAUCCAGAGCCCAAUCUCGCCCGGAGUAUUUGUCACUAUCAAGAAAGAAGACCACGAUGAGGAUGGAUUCUUUACUAGCGACCUCGCUGCGGGGUAUAACGUUCCCGAUCUGGAGCCUGUCCAUGCCAACAGUACCCUGCUGGCGUACGAGGGCAGCGCAGUUAGCCCAUUACACCUGCAGCAGUAG